UCAAAACCUGUACCUCUCGACUCUCCAUGAAGGUGCUGCACACAUUCCGAUGCUCUCCGCCCGUUAUUUAGUUAUUCUUCUUGUUGCCCUUCAGGGUUUCAGCCUCGUUCAGUCAGAUGAGACGUCAGCGGAGGAAACCCAACCCCACUACCCAGAAUGUGUUGCACCGAUGCGAGAAUGCGAUGCAAAAUCGCCGGGCGGUCCAAAAUGCUAUCCGGAACAGUGGUAUUGUGACGGGUUUCCAGAUUGUCAGGACAGUUCAGAUGAGCCUUCCACGUGUAAACGAACGUGUCUAGAAAACGAGUUUGUGUGCAAAACGGGUAAAUGUCUGCCACGUGGCUAUUUGUGUGAUUCGCAAUACGACUGUGGACGUCUUCCAAACGGAGACCGCGACCUUUCUGAUGAAGCUCCUGAACUUUGCAAUCAACCACUACACUGUGAUUACAACGAGUACGCGUGUUCAAAAUCCGCACAAUGCGUGCCUCUCUUCAAAUUCUGUGAUGGUAAACGCGACUGUUCGGAUGGCUCGGAUGAGCAUUCGAUGUGCCACGUGGAAGAUCCAAAGACAGCCGACAGUUGUGAGUAUGGAGCAGCAAUGACGAUUGAUGGAAUCAAGUGUUACUGUCCGAAGAACAAGUUUUUGAAUGAGCAAGGAAAAUGUGAAUUUGUAAAUCAUUGUGAACGAACCAAAAAUGGACUUCCCCCUGUAUGCAGUCAAGAUUGCACUGACAACAAGAACGGUACUUUCACGUGUUCCUGCUUCGAUCCCAGGCUCACAGUUGUCAAUGGAACGCAUUGUGUGGCUGAUAAAGAUCAAACCAUCCCCAGUGUAGCAAUUCUCACCAAGAAAAAGCUCUUUGUGCUUCAGAAAAACAAGAUGUCUAGCUAUUCAAGCAUGCCUCGACCACUAGGAAAACCCGGAGCAAUGACUCUUGUCAUCCAGCAUCCUGACUUCCCGGAGGCCACUGUUCCAAUACUCUGUCUCUCCGAAUCUCCAUCGGCAAAUGAUAGUUAUAUCACAUGCGGAAAUGUUGAAGGCUCCGAACCUGCAACCAAGACUUAUGCAAUUGAUUUUGAUUUGUCUUCUAUUCACAUCAUACGAUUCGAUAAUAUUGGUAACAACUGGAUUUUUACGGAUGCUUCUUAUUAUGUAUUCAUUUGCAAGCAUAAUAGUGUACGAAUAUCGUCCUGUCGAACUGUUACCGCAGGUGAUAUGGGAACAAUUCAAGAUAUGAAGUAUGAUGGAUUGAACGGACAGCUUUUGGUAUCUGAAGUUGAUGUUUUACAACAAGGAAUAUGGAGAAUCGAUGUAGCAUCUGGUCAACGAUACCGACUAUCCUAUCAACCGAUUACUUCUCCUGCACUUGCAAUUGACCCAUUCACCGAGACAUUAUACUUUGUGGAUAUUGGCGCACGAUCCAUCAAAGCCGUUGACUAUAAUGCAAACUACUCAAGAACUAUUGUUAGUGGCCGAAUUGCGAAAGAAGUUAAAAUGAUUGAUUACGCAGAGGGUCGGUUGUUUCUGACACUGAAAGACAAUCGAGUAUUUGCAAUGAAUGCAUUGGAUUCGAAUUCUGAUAUGAAGAUUUGGCAGGAAGUGACACCUCAGAGAAAACAAGGGAACGAGAAUAUUCAGAUCCUUGAAGUUUUGCACUUUCGACGAAAUGAGCAUGCAUGGAAGAACAAGGGAAAGAAUAUUUGCAAAGCGGCAAUGUGUGAUGAUAUGUGUAUAGGGCAUAUCAAUCAAACUUCGUCGUGUUUUUGUAGAGAUGGGUACAUUCAGAAUAACACAAAAUGUUCCGCCUCGAAAGAUCUUAAAGAUGAAGAAUUAUUUGUUCUUGCUCAGUUAAGACCUUCGAGGAUCAAGAUCCUUGGAUUCGACAAGAACUAUCGGACAGAGAUCAUCGGAGUCUCAGAUCUUCUGAAUGUCAAACGUCCGAGUGCAAUGACUUUUGAUCCAAAAGGAGAACAACUUCUGAUGUAUGAUUUGAGAAGGCAUUCACUUGUAGUGCAAAAGAUUGGAUCCACAAAUUACACAGUUCACGGACUUACUGGAAUCAUGAACUGUGAAGGAAUGGCUUAUGAUUUUACAUCGGAUAACCUCUACAUGACUGAUCAACGACGAAAGAUAAUUACGGUUCAAAGACUUUCAAAUCUUUCCAUCCAAAAAGUAGUUGUUAGUGGGAAUAUGAGCAAUCCAAGAGCCAUCGCCAUCCACAUUGCAAAGAGCUAUCUUUUUUGGGGAAGUUGGAAUGAGGACAAUAAUGACGAUGAGAAGAUCCCUGCAAUGAUUGAACGAUCGAAACUUGACGGAAGUGAACGAAAAACGUUAGUCUCGAAGAACGCAAUGUGGAUUAAUGGAUUGACUUUGGAUCUUAAAAAUGAUUACUUGUACUGGUGUGAUGCAUACCGAAAUGUUAUUGAAAGGAUUCGUUGGAAUGGAGCUGAUCGAGAAGUUGUUGUUCAUGGCGCUGACAAGAUCUCUCAUCCUUAUGGGCUCGCUUUUUUCGACAAUCACAUUUUCUAUACGGAAUUCAAGAAAGGAGCUGUUAAACGAGUCAAUGUAGAUUUUCCAGACGACGUGCAGGAAGUCUUUCAGUAUUCUGCAACGGUUUUCGAACUUUUGGUGUUUAAAAAUAGCAAUCCCGAGACCACAUCACCGUGUUCAACGUCUUCUAACAUCUGUGAGCAUUUCUGUUUUGCAAGCUCUUGCAAAGGAUCCGUUGGAUGUGAGCCUGUCAAGUGUGGAUGUGCAGAUGGAAUGAAGGUUCUCAAGAACGGAAAAUGUGUGAAAGACGAAGAAUGGGUGGAUCCGAAUGCAUGUGACAAUGAGAUUGAAUUCACUUGUUUGAAUAGUAAAAAAUGCGUUCCAAAGUCUAAUCUAUGUGAUGGUGAUGAUGAUUGUGGAGAUGGAAGUGAUGAGGAUGCAAAUGGAAUCUGUAAAGACUAUAAGUGUGUCGGAAACAAAUUCCAGUGCGAUGGAACCACUUGUCUUCCGAUGGAGUUUAUUUGCGAUGGGAAAUCAGAUUGCUACGAUGGAACUGAUGAACUUGAAAAGAUUUGCAAGAAGGCUCCAAUUGUUAAAUGCUCCGUAAGUCAAUUUCAGUGCUCCAAGACUAAAUGCAUUAUUAAGUCGAAGCGAUGCAACGGGGUUCAAGAAUGUGAUAAUGGUGCCGAUGAAGAAGAUUGCCCGAGAAGUAAGCUCUGUGAUCCGGACGAGUUCAGGUGUGGUACGGGGCUUUGUAUUAAGCAAUCUCAAGUUUGUGAUGGGAAAAUGCAAUGUCUCGAUGGGCUCGAUGAGGAGCAUUGUAAUGAGGAGGAGAAGUGCUUGCAAGGGAGACAAUUCCGUUGUGCGAAUGGAAAAUCAACUUGCUUGGAUCUCAUUUUCCGUUGUGAUGGAGUUGCUGAUUGUGAGGAUUCAAGUGACGAAUCCGAUGAGUUUUGCAAAGGAAAUUCUUCCUCAACAUGUGGAAAAAUGAACCAAUUUAUGUGCGCCGAUGGAAAAUGUCUGAGAAGUUUCCAACUUUGCGACGGAUUCCCUGAUUGUUUGACAGGAGAAGAUGAGACUGAAUGCCCUCCGUCGAUGUGCGAUAGUACUACUCAUUUGAGUUGUUUGAAUGGUCAAAAGUGCAUUUCGAAGCAGUUGGAGUGUGAUGGAGUCGAUGAUUGUGGUGAUAAUUCUGAUGAGAAGCAUUGCACCGAGAUUAGAUUGGAUGAAGCCGCUCUUCGUUGCCAAUCUCCAAUGUACCAAUGUGACGGUCCAAACUUCAAGUGCAUCUCCGAUAAACAUCUGUGUGACGGAACGAAUGAUUGUGAGGAAGGCGACGAUGAAGGUCUAUGGUGCACAUUCAAUUGUACUGAUGCCGAUGAUUUGGGAUGCUCGCACACGUGCCGUCCUACCCCAGUCGGCCCGAUUUGUUCGUGUCCUGAUGAUCAUUAUCUCGAUAAGAACGGUGUGACAUGCUCCAAAAAGGAUCCUUGUCGAUUUGGACAGUGCUCCCAAUACUGCUCUCCUCAUGGAUCCAGUCACUUUUGUUAUUGUGAAGAUAGUUUCAAGUUGGGUGCCGAUAGAUCCUCAUGCAUUUCGGAUGAUCCACGGAAGCCAUUUUUGAUCUACUCGAAUCGUCACGAAAUUCGAAUGAUUCAAUCCAAAUAUCCAGGAAGUUUGCCAAUGAUUACGAAUCUUGUAAACGCUAUUGCCUUGGACUUCAAAUACCAUCAAAAUGGCUCCGUAUCGAUUUACUGGACAGAUCUCUCAGCUGAUAAGAUUUAUACAGGAUUAGUUGAUCAAAGAACAAUUUUAUAUCAAAGGACGAUAGUUUCAUAUGGAGUAUUCAAUGCAGAAGGAAUUGCAGUUGAUUGGAUAUCUGGAAAUAUAUAUUGGAUUGACAGCUUUUUGGAUACUAUUCAAGUAGUUUCGGAAGAUGGAACUAAACGUGCGACAGUCAUCAAUCAGAAUAUGGGAAAUGCUAGAUCUCUUGCAAUUGAUGUCGAGGAAGGCUUCAUGUUCUGGACGGACUGGGAAGAGUCUAAUCCGAGGAUUGAGAGAGCUUCACUUGCAGGAAACAACCGAGCAAUUAUAUGGAAGAUAUCAAAUAUUGCACAAGCUGGAUGGCCGAAUGGCAUUGCUCUUGAUACAAUUGCAAAAAGAGUUUAUUGGGCUGACGCAAAAUCAGAUUCAAUUCACACGAUCACCUAUGAUGGUAGAGACCAUGUAAUUGUGUUCAGAGAUCCUGAAAGACUUGGGCAUUGCUUUGGAAUUGAUGUAUAUGAGGGACAUGUCUAUUUUUCUGAUUGGAGAACAAAUACCAUUAGUAAAGUGGACAAGUGGUUUGGAUCAAAUGUUUCGAUUAUUGAGAGAGUUGCUACUCAACCGUUUUCUCUGAAAAUUGUGCACCGAUCAAAGCAGAAGAUGCAGAUCAAGAAUUCCUGUGAUGGAUUCAAAUGCAAUGGAAUCUGUUUGAAUAACGGAAAGAAUAAAGCAACUUGUCAAUGCACAAACCUUCAAUCAACCACAGAUGAUGGAUGUGUAGAUAUACAGCAAGUACUGCUAGUUGCCACGAAGAAUGGAGUCCGAGGCUUCUCAACUGAUCCACCACAUCCUCACGCGUUCCCACUGGUUUCUGGAAAGCAAUAUGAAAAUAUUCGAGCAGUCGGAAGCUUCAAUAAUCGUCUUCAGGUCCUUGACGAUUAUACAACCCAUAUUGCAACUGUGAAUCUGACAGGUACGGCUGAUGAUGGGGUGCUUGCGACCGGAAGUGAUCUUUAUGGAGUUAGUGGAAUGGCUGUGGAUCCUGUUGUUGGGAGUACAUACAUCACAUUAUCGAUUGAUGGAGUAGGGAGUGUUGAAGUGAUCAGUGCAGAUGGUAAAUCUAGAAGGGUACUAGCUGAAUCAAGUUCAUCAAAUCCCAUGAAACUUCCAAGAGACAUUCUAUUCAUGAACACGAAACUAUUUUGGUUUGAAGAUUCUACUUCGCCUCCGUCGAUAUUCUCUAUGUCAGCUGCAGGAGAUGACUUGAAGAAGCUAAAAGUAAACUCAACACUUCUCAACAAAUUCUACAACCCGACAGUUGACCGCUUCUACUCGAAGAUCUACUGGAUAUCCCAAGGAAAAGUGAUACAAUUCGACCCAAAAUCUGAAGUAGUGCAGGAGAUCCAAAUUCCGGGUGGAGAUGGAAACGUGAGCUCUAUUGCAGUUGACAUGACAAAUGGUGAUAUUUUAAUCGGAGAGUUUAUCCGAAUUGCAAAUCAGACAACAAUAAGACGACUUGGAAUGAAGGGAACAAAAGCGAUUCAGAGAGGAAGUGUGAUGCUUGUUCCACUUCAUAGCUCCAUCAAAUUCUUCCUGUCGACUGUUGAUAUUACUGCAAAGAAUGUUCCCGAUGAAUGCAAAAAGUGCCCAUCUCUAUGUCUCAGAAGUUCUGACAAAAAGUUCCAAUGUGUUUGCUCCCAAGGUUUUGAAUUGGUCAAUGGAAAAUGUAGAUCACCGGAUAAAAGAGUUUUCUUUGCAACCGAUGAUGGUAGCCUUCAUUCUGUCGGAUGGUAUAAGAAUUCAAAGACAGGAGACCUAAUUCAAAAGUAUCGAGCACACAGUUUACACAGUGACAUUGGAAAGAAAAGAAUUUUGAAGUUGGUGGCAGAUGCAAAGAAUGAUCUGGUAUAUGUUGUCACUCGCCAAAACGAGGUCUGGAAAUGUGCGACGAACGGAUCAUUUGCUCAUAUUGUCUAUUCGACCAACUCGCAUCGAAUCGCUGCUAUAACUUUAGACCGUGUAACUGGAUAUCUUCUUGUGUCAGCGAGGGAAUCAAUUUCACCGAAAGGUUUUAUAGUUUUGAUCGAUCCGGAUAGACAUUCAGAAGCAAUUCAUCAAGUAAUCGUGGAAGAUGAAGAUAAAAUCCCAUAUGAAAUCGCAGUAGAUCCUCCAAAAGGGAAACUCUUCUGGGCCAGCUCGAGCUGUAUCAAAUCGUCAAAUUAUUAUGGAACUGAAGCCAAGUGCAUUGUCUCAAAAUCUUCCAUUUCCGCCAUUGCAAUCGAUGAAAACCGUUCUCGUCUUUGUUUCGUGGAUUCCGAAAAGGCUGCUGUCGAUUGUGUAGACUACAAUGGGAACAAUGAACAGCGAAAUGUGGCAAUGUUUAAAGCUCAGCCAAUGGGAGAUAUUGUUAGUUUGGUGUUCAAUGGAGAUGAAAUGUACUUUUUCGACAAGUUCAACUCGUCUGGAAGUAUUGUGAGAGGAUUGGUUCAACAAGAUGGAAGUGUGGUUUUGAAGGACUCCCUGGUGAAGGUCCAUCCACGGCAGAAGAUUCGAGUAAUCGAUUUUGAUGUUAUGGAUGUAAAAAGUUCAGUUCUCUUCACAGCAUGCUCAAAUAACAAUGGAGGUUGUGAGCAUCUAUGCAUCACAACACCAUCAGAAAAUUCACCGACUGUUAGAAAAGAGUGUCUUUGUGUUCACUCAACUCGUUUGGAUAAUGGAAGCUGUGGUUCCAGUGAUAGUUUCAUCGCUUUCACCAGAUUCACUUCUAUCGAAUUUCUUUCUACAAAACCUGGAGAUCUCACUUCACCAAACAAACAGAUAACCUCAAAUGGAUGUGUCAUGUCAAAAAUUGGAGCAGUCACUGCAGACGCUACACGUGGAAGAAUCUAUUUUGCGGAUUACGACAAAUUCAGAAUAACGGCAGUCAACUUUGACGGAACAGGAUGUGUUGUGAUCGCGGAAGAUGUUGGCGUUGUGCCAAGCAUGGCCUACGAUGAAGUACACACAGAACUAUACUUUGUGCGAGCGAAUCCUGCAAGUAUCUGGAGAAUCAACGUGGCUGAUAAUAAUUUGGAGAGCUAUCCGACAGAGCCGAAGAUUGUGUUGACACUGACUGUAAGAGAUCGUCCAAGACACAUUGCAAUUCAUCCAUGCCGAAUGUUGCUCUUUUUCACCAAUAAUGCAAUUACUGGAUCCGUUAUUGAACGGGUCUAUUUCAGCGGGUUUAAGAGGGAUCAAAUUGUACAAGAAGAUCUUCAUGACCUACGAGGACUAACCAUUGAUCUCGAUUCCGAAAAACUUUACUUCUCAGACUCUAAGGAUUUCAAAAUCUCGCGUUGCGACUUUGAUGGAUCUCAUAGAGAGCUCGUCGUCUCAAACACCGACAUUCCUUCAAUACAUCCAUUCGAACUAUCCAUCUAUGAUGAUGAGAUCAUAUUUACGGAUUGGGUUAGAAGAUCAGUAGUUGGAGUGAAUAAGAUUACUGGUUCUGAUAAUAGAAAUAUUAAUCGAGCAACUGAUGUUCCAGUUGGAUUAGUUGUAGUGGACACUAAGAGAGAAUAUUGCACCUCGGAUGCAUGCGCCGACAAUGAGCUGAAAUGCGAGGAUUACUGUAGAUUGAUGGCUAAUGGGCAAGCAUCAUGUGCGUGUAAUGGAGAAAGAAGGCUCAAUUCGGACAAUAGAACAUGCACAGGAGAAUUCGAUGGAAAGAAAUGUGCAGAAAACGAGUUUAAAUGUCUCCACUCUGAUCGUUGCAUUCGAUACGAAGACACUUGUGAUCGAUACAAUGACUGUCCGAUGUUUGACGAUGAGGACACCAAGUACUGUUCGACACGUGUCUGCCGUCCGGGAUACUUCAACUGUGGAAAUGGGCUCUGCAUUCCUGAGCAGAAAGUUUGCAAUCGAAUAAAUGACUGUGCGAAUUUUGCCGACGAGUCCAACUGUACUUGCAAUGAGAAUGAAUUCCGAUGCCAAUCCGGGGCGUGUAUUCCUUCGAAAGCUCGGUGCAAUCACAUGCAGGACUGUAACGAUGCAAGUGACGAAAUCGGGUGUCCAUUCAGAAACUGCUCGGCGCUGAACGAAUUCGGAAUGACUGGCCUCAUAAAUUGUGCGACUACAUCUCAAUGUAUUCACCCAUCUUGGAAAUGUGAUGGGACAAAUGAUUGUUAUGAUGGAUCAGAUGAGAAGGACUGUUUUGUAGAGUUUGAUGCCACUGGUGGAAGCGUCUCAGCGCCGAGAAGCUGUGAUGCAAAAACUCAAUUCGCGUGUCUAGCCACCAGAACUUGCAUGCCAAAGCAUUGGCAAUGCGAUGGACAACCAGAUUGUGCAGAUGGUUCUGAUGAGAAGAAUUGUGACGCCAAGAAGUGCACUUCCUUUGAGUUUUCUUGUGAAUCAUCGAAAAAGUGUAUUCCAUUGGAGCAGAAAUGUGACGGAAGACGUGAUUGUCCAGAUGGAGAAGAUGAGCAUCAAUGUGAGACAGAAUGCGAUUCGAAGGGUGGAAAUGCCACGUUUAGAUGCACAAAUCACAGAUGCAUACCUAUGGCUUGGAGAUGUGAUGGAACUGAUGAUUGUAUGGACAAUGCAAAAUCCCUUGGCUCCGAUGAAGUCGACUGUGCAGCUGGAAGAACAAGCUUCCACGUUCCAUCUAGAUGCGCUGAUGAAACUUGUGUAGUUGCUUGUGAGCUCACAGCAGUUCUUUGCGAUGGUAUUCAAGACUGCAGCGAUGGGUUUGAUGAGAAAAACUGUGCAUCGUUGGAUAGACAAUGCAAACCCAACGAAUGGAUGUGCGAUAGCGGGCAGUGUAUAGAUUCAGGUCGCCUUUGUGACGCUUCGGUUGAUUGCGUUGAUGGUUCUGAUGAAUGGGUUGAGAUAUGCUCUCUCUCGGAACCGCCAAGAAGAGGUUGCCCAAGUGGAUGGUCUUGUCUUCUGACUAAUGGUACCAUCGGAUGCUUGCAAGAACAACAACUUUGUGAUGGAAGAAGGGAUUGUAUGUCAGGAAUCGACGAACAAUGUGAUAAUCCUCAAGGAAAUUGCUCAUCUACUCGAAACUCAUGCGACCAGACAUGGAAUUGCCAAAGACAUGCUGGUUUUGAAAGUUGCUCCUGUGAUGAUGGUUACCAUCUAUCCCCUUAUGAUAAGAAAACUUGUCUCCGAUCUCCAUCAUGCCCUAAAGCUAAUUGCUCUCAUUUCUGCAUUGAUCGCCGAGAUGUUGGACAUCAAUGCUUCUGUGCACCAGGAUAUAUAUUGUCUGAAAAUCAGAAAGAUUGUCGAAGAAAUGACACAAUUGAGGCGGAGAUUCUAAUGGUUUAUGGGCAUCGGCUGAAGCUGUUCACUAUCGAUGGGCAUGCCAAGGCAACUCUUCUCUCGAAUCUUACAAAUGGUGUUGCCUUAGAUUAUGAUGUCAAAAGCGACUUGGUAUACUGGACGGAUGUGGCUCAUGAUGGGAAUAAAGCUGGAAUCACUUCAAUGAGCAAUCAGCCGAACACCUAUAGAGUUAUAAACUCGCUACCCACAAAAGGAAUCGAUGGGAUUGCAGUUGACUGGCUUGGAAGAAACAUUUACUAUACUGACAGAAACCAUGAUGCCAUUGCAGUUUGUGAUAUGAGAGGAAGAUUCAAUCGAAUUCUGCUCAAGGGGACCCCAUUGAAUGAUCCCAGAGCAAUCGUGCUUGACCCACUACAAGCAUUGGUGUUCUGGACGGAUUGGGGAGCUUCUGCUCAUAUCGGACGUAUGAAUAUGGAUGGAUCGAAUGAACAAGUUAUCCUCCAGGAUCGAACAAUUCGUUGGCCAAAUGCUCUUGCAGUGGAUGCUCCUGCUCAGCGGCUCUACUUUGGUGACGCACAUAGAGAUUAUAUUGCUUCUUGUAAUUAUGAUGGAUCGAAACGAAGAAUGGUUUUGAGAGGCUCGGUCCGUCAUAUUUUCGCAUUGGCUGUGUUCGAAGACUAUGUGUACUGGAGUGACUGGCAUAAUCAUACAAUUGAAAGAGUUCAUAAAAUUACGGGAACAAAUCGGAAAGUGCUGAUUCAAGACAAACAAUAUCGACCGAUGGGCUUCAAGAUCGUUCACCCAUCGCUGCAGAGUAUGGGAAGCCUGAAAACAGCUAGACAUCCAUGCUCACAGCCUGCAAGAUGUGAUAAUCUUUGUAUUCCUGCAAACACCCCAGAUCUGACCACAUCUUCUGAUAAUUUCACAUGUAUGUGUGCACAAGGAUUCCGUUCUGAAGGAAGAUCAUGUGUCUCGGAGUGCAAGCCAAAUGAUUUUGUGUGCACGAAAACUUAUAAAUGCAUCAGUUCGUGGUGGAGAUGUGAUGGACAGGAUGAUUGUGGAGACGGAGAAGAUGAGGGAUAUUUUGUAGAAGGCGUAUGUCCACCAUUCCCCUGUAUCGCGGGACAGUUUGUGUGUGGAAGAACUGCUCAGAAUGCAACGGCUCAAUGUCUCUAUGCAUCGAAGCUUUGCGAUGGCGUCAAGGAUUGUUCCGGUGGAGACGAUGAGGAACCAGCGUUUUGUGAGAACUUUGAGUGUACUGAAGCUCAGUUUAAAUGUGGAGAUAAGAAAAAGUGCAUUCCAUUGACAUCUGUUUGUGAUAAGGAGAAGGAUUGUGACGAUGGAUCAGAUGAGUUGAAUUGUGAGAUCACAAGCUGCAAACCUGACUUCUUUGCAUGCUUCAACGGAACUGCAAUCUCAAAGUGUAUUCCAAAAGAAUUCUAUUGUGAUGGAGAAGAUGAUUGUCCAGAAGGACAGGAUGAACCAGAUUCGUGCUUUGGAAUCGGAGAAUGCACACAUGAACAAUUCCAGUGUACAAGCGGAAAGUGCAUUCCAAAACGAAGACAGUGUGAUGGGACACUUGAUUGUAGAGAUGGAUCAGAUGAGAAGGGAUGUAAAAAGGAAUGCGCAAUUGUUUGUGAUAAUUCUUGUGUCCAUGCGGAUGAUCUUUGCGAUGGAAAGAAGAAAUGCAAUGAUGGUUCUGAUGAAGAUGAAGAAGCAUGUGUAAUUAAACAGCUAUUGGAGAAGGAAAAUCGAAAGUGUGGAGGGUUCGCUUGUGAUGGAAUUGUUGAUUGUGAAGAUGGAUCCGAUGAGAAAGGAUGUCCAGAUCUAGAAUGCCAUUUGGCUUCCAACAAGUCUCUGAUCUGUGAUGGAACGAUUGAUUGCUCCAGCGGAAAAGAUGAGAACAAUUGUCACAAUAAUGGAGAGAGCAAUUUCUUCCAAUGCUCGAUGCAAACAAUCAAAGAAUGGCAAGUCUGCGAUGGCCGUUGGGAUUGUGCAGAUGGACUCGACGAAUCACCAGAAAUGUGCGCUUCCCGCAAAGCACGAUGCUUUAGAAUAGGAUAUUGUGAUGACAAGAAACAAUGUCUUGAUGUCUCUACAGCACUUUGCGACGGAAUCCGUGACUGUUUCGAUGGAAGUGAUGAGAAUCCAAUUCAUUGUAAGGAUAUGUGCAAAGGAAAGUAUCGGUGUACCAAUGGACGAUGUAUAGACGUAUCCGCAAGAUGUGAUGGUCGAGAUGACUGUGGUGAUGGCUCUGAUGAAGACACCUGUGGUGCCGAAUGCCAUCACUUUGGAGUAUGUGCUCAGAAGUGUUGGAUGGCCUUCAAUCACACGGCCAGAUGUCAUUGUGCUCCAGGCUAUGCUCGGACGAAGAACGACGAAAAUGAAUGUGAGCCAUUGUCCAAGUCUGCAGAAAUGUUCAUUACAAAUGGAAAUCGUUUGCAUUUGAUGUCAUUAGAAAAUUCACAAGUAUCAGUUCUCCGACCAGUGUUUAAUAUCAAAAUGAAUCUAAUUCCUGGAGGAAUCGACUUUGGCUACGAUGUUUUCCGUACAACACUAAUGUAUACUGUUGGAAUCGGAAAUUCCCGUGUCGAUAUUCGAUCUAAAAAAUGGUCAGAUGGAUUGAUAGGGUCUUGGGGUGAAGAAGAAAGCACCGCAGGCCUCAUAACGUAUGACUUUAUGCACAAUAAUGUCUAUUUCACGGAGAGCAGUGAACAAAAUCGUGGAGUCUUGUUUGAUCGGCAGGCGAAUAUUUAUGUGGCAAAAGCGAAAGAUACAAGUACCCGAACAUUGAUUGUUAACUCAACUGGAACUAUCAAUUCUCUUGCUGUUGAUCCCAUCAAACGACUCAUUUUUUGGACAACUUCUGCCCCUGUUCCAAGAAUUCUUUCUGCAAAUCUCGAUGGAAAACCUAUUGCUCAGCCAUUUAAAACUGGAUCGCAACCUCAUAAGGCGCUCGUUGAAAGAAAUAUUUUCGAGCCGACAUCGAUGGUUUUAGAUUUUUCAAAUGAGCGAUUAUACUGGAUAGAUGUACUUAAGAGAACUAUUGAAACUGUAUCUUUUGAUGGAAGAGAUCGAAGAACCGUUAGAAAGUUUGAACUUGGAGACACACCGGUUACAAUGGAUGUUCUCGGAGGUUACAUCUAUCUCAUUACCAGACAAGGAUCGAUUCAUCGAAUGCACAAGUUUACUGGAAAAACCAACAAGUAUGUGCAGAAAAUUCGAGAGGUUUCGCCACGAAUUCAAAUCCGAGUCGCGCAUCCUGCCAAGCAUACCGUAUCACACAUCACACAUCAGAAAAAUCCAUGUCAAUCAGACUAUUGCCCAUCUAACACAGUUUGUGUUCCAGAUCAAGAUAAAAAUGGAAUUCUAAUUCCCAAAUGCCUGUGUGGUCCAGGAAGAUUCUUCGAAGUCUCCACAAAGAAGUGCAUGCAACUGAGAGAAAAAGAUCAGGAGGCUUCUCAAUGCGGAGAUUACUUCUGCUACAACAAUGCCGGAUGCAGUCCCCAGAAGACGUGCGUUUGUCCGCCAGGUUUUUACGGAAGGCAGUGUGAGAUCAACGAAUGUUCUGAGACUUGCUGGAAUGGCGAGACAUGUGCAGUUCAAGAAUUCGGAUCAACAACAAAUGUUGUCUGUCACUGCCCCUCAAACUACACUCAAUCCAGCUGCGCAACAAACGUUUGUGAAGGAGUAUGUGGUCCUCGGGGGUCUUGCAAAACCGUUCCAUGCCCCAAAGAUGAACCUCACUGCCGAUCCUACAGCUUCUGCGAAUGUGACAAGGGAUGGACGGGACCACACUGUAGACAUAAGGCCGAUGCCAAGGUCUGCUAUGGGCACUGCUUCUCUGGUGGAGCAUGUGAUGGGGAGGGUCCGUUGAAUCUAAGAUGUAGCUGUGGAGAUGGAUUGACUGGAAAUCGGUGUCAGAAUUGUGUUGGGCACGAGUGUUUGAAUGGUGGAUUUUGUUCCUAUGCCAAUUCAAAUCGUUCCCUACCUCAUUGCAUCUGCCCAUCGGGCUUCACAGGCGAUCAUUGUGAAGAAUACUUGUGUAAAGAUGCUUGUCCAUUCGGCUCAAAAUGCACAUAUGAUAUCACCAAGCCAAUGGAUCCUAUAACAUGCUCUUGUGAGCAAAACGCAGCGGCUCACAACACGGAUUGCUCGCCAAUCUGUCAAAAGCAGCCAAACUGGUGUCACAACGGAGGAAGAUGUUUGGAUACUCCCGGCUAUCCAGGUAAAUGCAAGUGUUUGCCAAGAUUCGCCGGGCCUAGAUGUGAUGUUCCCGUCCAGUGUGAUGACUAUUGCACGAACAACUCGAAAUGCACAAUCACAAAUGGAACACAUUUCGAAUGUGAUUGUAAGCCAGGUUUCAAGGGGCUCCGAUGUGAGCAGGAGACCAAAUGUAGUGAGUGCUCCAAUGAAGCCAAAUGCAUCAAAAAACCAUCUGGAACUGUAAUUUGCCAAUGUCCACAAGGCCUUGGUGGCGAGUACUGCGAGAAGAUCACUGCCACAUCCUGCCAUCAACUGGAAUGCAAAAAUGGAGGAUAUUGCCUGAAACCCGACCCAAGUGCCAAUAGAACUUCACCAACAUGCCUAUGUUCUCCAGGUUUCAAGGGCCUACUGUGCAGCUCGAAUGCCUGUGAAAACUUUUGUCUUCACGAUGGAAAUUGUACGCUGGAUGAGUACUUUGAGCCACAAUGUGAAUGCUAUCAAGCGUUUAUUGGAGAUCGGUGCCAAUAUCGCAUUCAUCAACAUGCUGUAAUAUUCAGUGAUGAUGACAGUGGUUGGAUAAAAUCAUUCGUCGUCCUUGCCAUUAUCCUUGUCACCAUAGUCAUCGUUGUUGGAAUUUUUGCAAAUCGUUCCAACAGAUUCGCAGUUUUCCGUCAAUUCCGUCAUAAUCCACUUCAAAAUCAAGGUGCACCUGUCGAUCAGUUCAGUAAUCCUGCAUAUUUGAUCGAUGAAGGCGGCAUCGAACUAGUCACCCAAAAUACGAGUCUUGUCUCAUCUCACGAUCGAGGAUCGUUCAACAAUCCGGUUUUUGAACAAGAAAUGGUUCCGAUCUACAAUGAUACCGUCGAGAAUCAUGAACUUUUGCCGAAUAAUAGAUCUUCGAAUUAACUUUCUGAAACUCAAUUCCUAUAUUUUCACUUGCCACAGCUUUCUUCUCUAUUUAUAUUCCUUAUUCCCUUAACAAACUGAUAAAAAAAAACUCAUUUUCAAUAUCAUUUUCUCUUGUCGACAGGGUCCUUGUUUUGUUGUAACUAUUUUCUAUUUCUUGUCCUCGACGAUUCUGUUCUGUUUCUUUUUAAGCUGGUAUAACCAAUUAAGUUUUGAAUUCUU